GACACCGGUGAACUUCGCCGAGUCUUGAAGGCCAUCAUGCCCAAUUUCUCAGACCGGGACCUGAACGACCUCCUGCGCGUCAUCGACACCAAUGGCAAUGGCGUGGUGGAAUACGAAGAGUUCUGCCAGUGGUUGGUGAAGGAGAAUCCCUUGGACUUUUCCAGCAGCACCUUCUCUGCCUACGUCUCGCAGCUCAUGCGCGAGGCCGGCCAGGCGAAGGACAAGGCGUCAAUGUGCGUGGACGAGAUUCAGGUGCGGGAUGAUGGCGUCUACUUCCGGCUCCAGUGUGGCACCGUGCGCUUGGAGACGACGACCUUCCGUGCAGACUCGUUGCAGCUGACAGCCCUCGAGCCUGAGGAGUUCAUCAGCAAGGUGGAGUGCGUCGAGGACGGCCUGGAGAUCAGCUUCAACACUGGCCGCGUGACGACACUGCCAGGAAAGGGCCCCCUAUUUGGGCCCUUCGAAGCGCCACUGGGAUUCUACAUCGACGGCCUCCGCGUGAAACCGAUGGACGCAGCCGAUGAGUCUGGUGCCCAGGACUUCGUGACGGGAGUCGACCUGGCGCCGCUCCCCCACGCCGCGGAGUACGACGCUCCCAGUGCGCUGCUCUACACGGCGGAGCAAGAAUACCUGCGGUCCUUGCGCGAGAUCUUGGCCAAGGCGGCGGUGGACGUCAAUGCUUUCGGUGCAGGAGGUGUCACAGCCCUGAUGCUUGCUGCUUCCCGGGGUGCCACCGGCUCCAUGCGGUGGCAACACCAACGCACAUAUGAUCGAUUGAAACGUGACACCGUAUUUGAGGAUGAGAAUGCACCAUCUUUGUCUGUGCUCUUGCCUUAG